AUUCUUAAGUUCGUGAGUGAUUUGGUUUUGAGCCAAAAUAGUUCAAUGCAGUCAUUCGCUGUAUCAAGCGAGGAGUGUCAGAUUAUUUGGUUUCAUCAACGUCAAUUUCUCAACGUGAAUCAAUAUUGUCAAAACAUUGAUUUGUAAGAAAUUGUAAUAAAUAUAUACACAAAAAUGUCUUCAUUGCGAAUGAAGGCAGCAAAAUGUCCCUCUGAUGAGCUGGCUAUAACAAAUUGUGCUCUCGUUAAUCCAGACGAUUUUCCUAGUGAUGUCAAGCAUAUUGAAGUAUCUACUGGUCCAUCACAUUUUGUCUUCAGUAUUCGGUUCUACAGCGGUGUCGAUCGUGGUACAGUAGGAUUUUCAGCACCGCAACGAAAAUGGGCUACACUUUCCAUUGGCCAACCCAUAGAUGUGAAACCAUUCAAGCCACAAAACGCAGAAUGUUUGUGCAGUGUCACCUUAGAUGCGGACUUUAUGCUAAAGAAGACAACAUCGCUGGAACCGUACGAUUCAGAGCAGAUGGCGCGCGAUUUCCUUAUUCAAUUUUCCAACCAAGUGUUCACCGUUGGGCAACAAUUGGCAUUUGCAUUCCAGGAUAAAAAAGUCUUGUCAUUAAUUGUAAAGAACUUAGAAGCCGUGGACGUACAAGCGUUGGCAUCAGGUGCAAACGCAAUCCCUCGUCGAGUGAGGAUGGGCAGACUUCUACCUGAUGCAUGCAUACAGUUUGAUAAAGCUGAGAAUUCUUCCCUAAACUUAGUAGGAAAGGCUAAAGGGAAACAGCCUCGUCAAUCAAUCAUCAAUCCUGAUUGGGAUUUCGGCAAAAUGGGCAUCGGCGGUCUGGACAAAGAAUUUAAUGCUAUCUUCAGACGUGCGUUUGCGUCUCGCGUAUUCCCACCGGAAGUUGUCGAACAAUUGGGUUGCAAGCACGUAAAGGGUAUUUUAUUAUUCGGGCCACCUGGUACUGGUAAAACUCUAAUGGCCAGACAGAUCGGCAAGAUGCUAAACGCGCGCGAACCCAAAAUUGUAAACGGUCCACAAAUAUUGGACAAAUAUGUUGGUGAGAGUGAGGCCAACAUUCGACGAUUGUUCGCCGACGCCGAAGAAGAAGAGAAAAGGUGUGGGCCGAACAGCGGUCUGCAUAUAAUAAUCUUCGACGAGAUCGACGCGAUCUGCAAGGCGCGCGGCUCCGUGGGCGGCAACACGGGCGUGCACGACACCGUCGUCAACCAGCUGCUCUCCAAGAUUGAUGGUGUAGACCAGCUGAACAACAUCCUAGUGAUCGGCAUGACGAACAGACGCGACAUGAUCGACGAGGCGCUGAUGCGGCCGGGCCGCCUCGAGGUGCAGAUGGAGAUCGGCCUGCCCGACGAGACGGGCCGCGUGCAGAUCCUCAGCAUUCACACCAAGCGCAUGAGGGAGUACAAGAAGAUCGCGGAGGAUGUCGACUGCAAGGAGUUGGCAGCGCUGACAAAGAACUUCUCCGGCGCGGAGCUGGAGGGUCUUGUGCGCGCGGCGCAGUCCACGGCCAUGAACCGGCUGAUCAAGGCCUCCAGCAAGGUGGAGGUGGACCCUGAGGCUAUGGAGAAACUCAUGGUGGAACGCACUGACUUCCUGCAUGCUCUCGAAAAUGAUAUUAAACCAGCAUUCGGCACGGCAGCGGAGGCGCUGGAGCACUUCCUCUCCCGUGGCAUCACCAACUGGGGCUCGCCCGUCUCCUCGCUGCUGGAGGACGGCCUGCUCUACAUACAACAAGCCCGUGCUACUGAGGCCAGCGGUCUAGUGUCAGUGCUGCUGGAAGGCCCGCCGAACAGCGGCAAGACAGCGCUGGCGGCGGAGCUGGCCAAGCGCUCCGACUUCCCCUUCGUGAAGGUCUGCUCGCCCGAGGACAUGGUGGGCUUCACCGAGACCGCCAAGUGUCUGCAGAUACGCAAGUACUUCGAUGAUGCGUACCGCUCCAGCCUCUCGUGUAUCCUGGUGGACAACAUCGAGCGGCUGCUGGACUACGGCCCCAUCGGCCCAAGAUACUCCAACCUGACGCUGCAGGCACUCCUCGUGCUGCUGAAGAAGCAGCCGCCCAAAGGACGCAAGCUCCUCAUACUCUGCACCAGCAGCCGAAGACAAGUCCUGGAGGACAUGGAAGUGCUGUCGGCGUUCACUGGCGUGCUGCACGUGCCCAACCUGUCGCAGCCCGAGCACGUGAUGGCGGUGCUGGAGGAGAGCGACGCCUUCUCCAAGCGGGACCUUGCCAGGAUACAAUCAGAUCUCAGGGGAGCCAAAAUAUUCAUCGGGAUCAAGAAGUUGCUGGCUCUAGUCGAUAUGGUGAAGCAGACGGACGAGGACUCGAGAGUGUUCAAGUUCCUCACCAAGAUGCAGGAGGAGGGCGGCCUGGACCUCGGCACCACCAUACAAUAAGAAUUGUUGCAACCUUAGGGAACACACGCGCAUACCACACGCACGCCCUCGCCCUCCACCUCGCACGAACCUCACAAUGCACACACCUCACACAGACCUCACAGCGCCAAGGUCACAGAGUCCACACCCUGUAUAUCAGAUCUCAGGAGCUACGAAAUCGAUUACGACGAAGUCAGCGAAAGCGUAGAGUCUUUGGAUUCAAAUCAAAAAAGAUCAAGAACUGUGAAGGGUAAUGAAAUAUCACCAUCGAAGAUGCCACUUAUGAGAAUACGAAGUGUCGAAAUCGUCUUUGAAGAUGAUAUGUCUUGUGCUGACACUGCGAUACUCGAUCGCAGUCUGGAGUUACUUCUAUCAGAUAGCGAUGAUUCAACCAAAUGUGUUGAUGAUUUACAACCGGGAGAAAAAGAUGAAAAUGAUUAUUCAGUGACAUUGAAUGUGGAGGCCGAUUUAUCGGAUGACACAAUUUCAUCUAAAGAGAAUAUAGUCAGUGAUCAUCAACUUGAAACACCCUCUAUACAUCCGGAUAAUGGAAAACCGAUUCAAGCUAUUGAUGACACAUCGCUUAAUGUAUCUGAAUUGGGUGACUCCGGUCGUUUUACGGAUGCAUCAUCUCAUGAGGCCGCUGUGAAGUAUAGUGAUGCUUUGCUUUCUCAUUCAUUUGACGCCAUCAACAUUGACGAGUCAUCGCUCAGUACAUUUGAGCUGUCCGAGGUCUGCACAGAAAAUGGCAAAACUAACUUAUUACUGGAAUACAUUGAUAGUGACAGCUCGGAUAGUACAGCAGUAUGUGACGAAAAUGCUGAAGUGAAAAUUUUAACAUCCAAAAGUGAUAUGGUUACAGAUGAAUUGGACUCUGCGGAUGACAGUUAUGAAAUACAGUAUGAUUCUUUCGUUGAUAUGGGUAAAUUUUAAAUACAAUCAGUAUUAGUGUUAUUCUUACAAUAUUCUCUGUGAAAUGUUUAAUUGUAAUUUGUUGCAUCCCUGUAUAAAGUUUUAGAGUUGCACAUUAUAUUUGUGUAUUAAUUGUGAGCUAGUACACCCUAAUAAACCUACACAGCUUAUGCACGGGGCGGUGGUAUGCAACUAUCAGCCGUGUCAUAUCCUUCCGUUAUCAUUUCAUAGUAAAUCUUCCAUAGUGUGUACAUAGAUAAAUAUGUAGUAUUUACUUUCAAUGACAUGGCUGAAAAAAUCCCAGGGUUGUAAGAAUAGACAAUAGCUCAAUAUAUUGUAUUAUAAUUUAGCAAGAGUAAUAUUUAUUUACUUUUUUUACUGAUUUGUGAUACAGCUUGAUGCUGUCUUUUUUGUUUAGAUAGACGUAUUUGAAUAUUAUGUUAUGUAUUGUAGAUUUUCACUACCGAAACAUAUGAAAAACAUAGUUUUUUCAUUUAGUGACAAAGACAAAAAUAUGUUUUUUAUAUGAAUGAUUGGGGAGUGAAAUUGUAUGUUUAUAUUAGGUGUAAGGAAAUGGUGUCAAUGUAGACAGUUUAUUAAAUUAAUGCAAAUAAUUAAUGCAUUUACACAUUAGGUGUGGUUAAAUUUAAUAUAUCUCGAUUCUUAUAGUAAUGUUCAAGUACAAUUACAAAUUAUAAAGCUUUAGAUGUGCGUACUUUUUGUCUUUGAAUAUCACUAGCACAUAGAUUAUAGUAAAAUUUAUUCAAAUUGGAUUGUUGAAGUAGAAUUUCAGAUAUUUAUAUUUAAAAUUUCCUUAAGUAGGCUUAAAUAAUUAUCAAGGAAUUGCGAUUGUGGUGGUACACAUUAAUUCAUACUCUUAAUUCACUGUAGUUAAUUAUGAAUCUUUUGCGACAUGUUUGAAAAAAUGGCCAAAUAAAGCCUAAAAGUGUCUGCACUAUUUGAAAUUUAUCCAGUGUUUUAAGCUAUAUUUUAGUUUCAAAUAUUAUUUCUCUUGUCAGUUAAUAUAAGUACAUUGAAAUUAAAUGUUCAAACAACAUGAAAUGUUUAAUGUAUUGUUACAGUGGGUUCCACUGAUCAAACACUUCUAUAAAAUAAUUAGCCAUCUCGCUCAUUCUUUAUGACAAAAUAGUGACAAAAAAUACAAGUGUUAGAGCAGUGGAAUUUCACCUUUAGUUGUUGCGUUGGAUUUGAUUUUUUGUGAUGUUAGGAUGUACAUUCCAUUUAUGCAAUCAUGUAAUAAAAAAGAUGUUUUAUUAAAAAUCAAAGAGUGUGUAGCUUAUAUGCUUAUUUGACAGUAGAAAUGUAGUGUUGCCAGUUAAAAUUAUAUCUUUCUGAGUGUGACAAUGUAUAAAUAUAAAAAACUAUAUUAUGUGAUUGGCAGACAGUCAUUAAUGGCUUUUAUUAGGUUUUUAAUUAAAAUUCCCUUGAUAUUUUUCUAUGUAUAUUUGUGGAUAAAAAUUUCACUUCAGUAUUUCCCUAAAAUUAUCAUUAACUUCCUUGUUCUAAUGCUUCUUUUCACUUUAUAAAAAAUGUUUGUCAAUUUAAACCCUAGAUGUAGUGUUAAAAUGUUUGAAAUUAUAUACUUAAAUAAGUCCUUUAUGCUUUACUAAACUCUACUGUUUUUCUGCCAAAAAUGAUUUGUCUUGCCUAAGCAAUAACAUUUACCUAUUGGAAAUAAAUCUAUUAACAAGUUAA